AUGAGUUCCAUAACCCCCCAAUCUUUCGUCGAUGACGGCGGCUCUUUCACGAAGCGCACGCCUCGCGGGCUUGACCACGGCCAUGUCGCGAAGUGGGUUACCAGCAACAGCUCAGAUACCUCAGCCUAUACCGGCAGUUUCAUCGAUGACGGUGCGGACAUGCACCUUCCACCGGGAGCAGCCCCAGGCUUUGGCCCAAUCGAUACACGCUUCUACAACCAGAGAAAACGACCACAGCCCAAGGAUGGUGCAGGUACAAUGUGGAACGAAGACAUGCAAAAAGCGAUUAGUGGAGAUAUACAACGGAAUUUGGAGAAGAUCCGAGGCCUAGGUGGACUAGAAGUGAAGAAGUCAGAUCGCAAUCAGGGUACGAACGAGACAGCUGGCGGACGAGGAGAGAAGAAAAAGGAUACAGUAACGAUUCCUAUGCCACCUCAAUGGGGGACGUUCGUCAUCAAAGCAGAGGAUGGCCGCGUUAUCAUCGUGGACAAAGACGGAGAGUUCGACUCUGGACCACAAAAGGCUGUCAGUGAGCAACAGCGACCAUGGGUCAAAGCAGCGUCAACGAUCGAACCAGCCUCCCCUGCUCGCCCUUCAUUCCCCCCAUCACCACCGAAACACUGCAACUCUACCCGUCCGUCGAAGGAAGCUUCUGGCGACAGCCGGAAGCAGAAGACUAAAAGUGAAAAGAAGGAUAAGAAUAAGAAGUCUCGCCAGUCACACCACUCACCACCCAAAGCCCUCACGCCUAUCCCUGAGUCGGACUACGAAGAUGGCUACUUGCCUUAUGACGGCGAAGAUAUAGGGUCGCCAACAGGCUUCAUGAUGACGGGUGGAGCCAGUGGUUGGCCUUCUAGCAAACCUACAUCUGUUGCGUCUCCAGCUAUAUCUGUGAGCGAUGGCUACGAAUACAUCGCUCCAGGCUCACCGCUCAAGACGAUCAGUGAGGGAUUCAGAUACGUCACACCAGCCUCAAGGGGCUACAAACAAGUUGUCCCAAAGUCGGACUCAUGGGUCGAAGAGAAGAGAUCAUCACCUGUGCGUUCACUACCUGGAGGAUGGCCGUCUCCCGAGCUGUCUCCAGUCAAGGAGAACCGUGAGGCAGGUCCAGAAAGGUCUUGGGACGGUGGGCAGUUUGAGGGUGCGUGGAAAGCGGCCAGUCCAAGUCAUUCACACAAGAGCGACAGAUCGCACCGUAUGAGCAGGAGCGGCAAUGCACGAACCUCCAAGAAAGACUUUGACAAUGGCUCGGUAAAGAGCCAUUCGACCUACAGAGCGCCUACAGUUGAAGAUGCGCCCAGUGACUCUUCGAGAGAGAAAGAAGAUCACAUUGCAACUGGAUGGGGAGGCAGUGUGAAGAGCGACGUUUCUCAUGACUGGGAUGCCAACAAGAAGAACAGCGAAGAGAACGACAAGACAGCUGGAUGGGCUUCACCUCUAAACAAUCCUCACCCAUAUACAUGGGGAAGCACCAAAUCUCCCAGCGAGAAAAGCUGGAGCAAUAGGCCUAAAGCCGCCGACAAUCCUGCCUGGACUGGCAUUGAACCCUUUACUUCCCAGAGCGUAGUCAACAGCCCUACGACUUCACGUGUCGGCGGUUUAACGCGUCCUUCAAGCAAUACUGCAUGGGAUGGCUUCGAAAUAAGUAAAGGGACUAGUGAUGCCGGUGUGGUCGGCACAGAUAGUGAGCGCGGAUCUCUAGGGAAUCAAAGUCGAGUCUCUAGUCAGCCGCCUACACACCGGUCUCAUCGUAGUCACGACACCCGUACUAGUCACAGGAGUAACAGACACGGAAAAACUACUGGAUGGGAGGACGCCCAAGCAGGCUGGGCUGGUGGCAGUCAGACUAGCUAUAAGAGCCAGAACUCCCAUCAGCCUGAUGCUGCGACCGGGUGGCCUAGUAGUCGUGCCGCCAGUCAAACGAGCUGGGAUGGCGAAAAAGCUCAUGUCAACUAUGGCGAUGACUGGGAUGACGGAGAUAAGGGCAAGGGAAAUUUUGCGAAUGGCUUCGAUGAGAACAAUGCGACAUACUUAAAUGACAAUUGGGGUGGUAUUCCAGUCCGAGUGGGGAGUCGCGCGGGGAGCAGGGCUUCAAGGCAAAGUGGUGACGGCUGGGAGUAA